AUGCCAUUCCCAUGUACAGUUGCGACGUGUACGAAGGUAUUCGACAAAAAAUCGGCACAAAUCAGCCACUCCAAGGCGUGCGAGGUACACAUGGUGCUCGAAGAAGAUAGGAAACGAUGGGCCGAGCAAACUGAGAGCCCCCCUCCCUCGAGCCAUAUUGAGGUUGACCGCCCGGUUCUGCCAUGGGAGAACAUCUCCCCAGCACCUCAAGCUCGUCCACCACAGUCCCGUAAGCCUUCCGCUACGACUGGCGCCUCCAGGAAGACCUCAUCGCGAGCCAGUUCUUCUCGCCAGCCUUCAUUAGGACCCCGCGCCCAUGGCCGACGAACGGAUUCAGCGGCCACCGUCAGAAUUGACCACCACUCAAAACGAAAACGACCGUCCGAGUAUAUCACCAUCGAAGAAUACAACUCACGUCGCCACCGCCCUGGUACCAGUGCUGGUGCCGAGAUCCCUCUCGAAUCUUUAACGUCACGCCCGCCACACUUCCCUUUCCAGACUGACGUUGACUACCGAUUUGCAAAACUGGUUUUCCGUUCCGCCAUGAAGGAUGACGACGUCAAAGAGCUCCUGUCUCUGAUCAACCAAUGUGUGGAUGGGAAGGAUAGCUUGACAUUCAAUGGCUGUCAGGCCAUCCAUGACGCUUGGAAGGAUGCUACGAGUCUCAUUACACCUUUUGAAUGUACGAAAAUUGAUGUCCCCCACGGAGAUGUCCCCCAUGAGUACGACGUUUGGGUGAGAUCGGUCUGGGAGUGGCUACUCGAGAUGGUCGGGAGCCAAAAACUGGCACGAGAGUUCGUCUGGGAGAGUGUCAAAAUGUUCAAGAAGAAGGAUGACGGCGACUGGGAGAGGUUUGUGACUGAGCCAUGGACAGGCGAUGACUGGGCUGAAAUUGAGAGCAAUUUGCCCGAUGACGGUGUUCCACUCUGCUUGACUAUCUACGCAGACAAGACUCAGCUGUCAAGUUUUGGAGGAAAGAAGGGUUACCCGGUCUAUGCCAAGAUCGCCAACCUCCCUGCGCACGUCCGGAAUGGUAAAGGCAUUGGUGGAGGGUGUUGUGUGGGCUGGCUUCCCGUGAUACCUGAGGCAUCAACGUCGUCCAAGAAGAGCACCGAGUGGGCAGAAUACAAGCGGGUCGUGUGGCAUGAAAGCUUUCGUGCCAUACUCGAGUCUAUCAAAGCCCACUCGAAGGAGGGGGUAUACUACAAGUGUGGGGAUGGUAUCGUGCGACGGCUUUUCCCCUGUAUCCUCAUUUUGUCCGCUGAUUAUGAAGAACAAGCGGUUAUGGCAGGACUUCGGGGAUCCAAGACCAAGCGGUGUCCUGUAUGCCUCGUUAACGAGGCCGAUCUUGCAACAUUCUUCGACAAUUGGGAAUACCGAGAUUCUCAAACAGCAAGGAAGCUGAUCAAAGUUCUCGAAAAGCCUGAGGUGCCAGACGAGCUGAAAGACACAGCGCGGAAAAAUCUCGUCGACCUGAACAUUCGCCCCAUCAAGAACGUGUUCUCCGAAAUAGCAAACUCAGACCCUCAUCGAGCACUCUCGUUCGACCGCUUGCACAACUAUCCUGGGGGUUUAGCCAAGACACAUUUACUGGAACUAUUGUACAAAAGCUUCAAGACUGGACCGUACGCAACUCCCGAAGUCAAGGAGAAAGUGAACUCACGUGCCAAUGCAAUGCCGCGCUGGCCUGGACUCAGUCAUUUCAGCAACAUCACUCACAAGACCGCGUUCCAGGAUUCGAACAAAUGGGAGGAUAUAGCACGGAUCUUUCCAUUUAUUUUGUAUGACGACGUUAUUGCGAAGGACGACAUUGCGACUCGCCAACUCUUAAGAUGCCUCCGGGUAUUCUUGAAUUUGAAUGCCUACUCAUCCUUCGAGACCCAUACAGAAUCGACGGUCGCCAAGCUAGAGGAGGAGCUCAGCGUGUUUUGUGACGAGAUUGAGAAAUUGGGGGAUGGUUUCGAAGAGAAAAGCUGGCUGUUUCCAAAAAUGCACCUUCAGAUGCAUCUGCCCCGUGAUCUUUUCAACAAGGGUGUAACUCGGAACUACACAACGAAAAUAUUCGAAGUCAUGCACCGCGCCUUCAAGUUUUAUUAUCAGUUCAUGUCAAACUUCAAAGAUGUUGAGUCGCAGAUCCUUUCCGCCGACGAUACCAGCAGAGCUAUUGACUUUAUCGACUCAAUCAUUGAGGUCCAUCAAGAAGCGCUCAAGGAAGCCGAACAUCUUCAAGACGAAGAACCCCAGCAACGCUACAGCUUUGGUAAUGUCACGCUUAAGGCUCCUCAAGGCCCACGAAAGGCUCAGCCUUUGCGAAGCUUUCAAUUCGAUUCUGAGGAGGAGCUUGGAGAACAUGCAUCAACACUCGAUGGCAUCGAUAUUAAGCAGGCGUUGAAGGAGUUUUGUUCUGGGAACGAUAUUGCUAUUGCUGUUGAUGGCUCCACCCUCAUCCGCUCGUUCCGUUCCAUGGAGGCCUUCUACACCUCUAAGGAAUCAUGGGAUAUUGAACGAGACCUUCUCCGGUGUUCGCCAUCAUUCCAUAACCGACCACGCUAUGACUGCGUCAUUAUCCAGACUACAACUGGUCCCAUCUUUGCCCGGUUACUUUCUCUCUUCACCCUGCAGCAGCCAGGGUCCCCCGACACCGAGGCGAUCCCAUUUGCACUUGCGCUUCCAUACGCUACCACUAUUCCAGCUCCAAUACGGAAGAAGGACACGUCUGCAGGUUUCUACCGGGUACGGAAGGCACCUCGCCCUCGUGCUGAGUUCUUUUUUGCUCGCUCCAUCGUUCGUGGUGCUGUUCUUGUUGCUGUCAAUGAAAGGAACAUCGAUUUUCUUGUUUUUGAUGUUACAGAUUCGGAUAUGUUUCUCCGUGUUCAGGAACUAUUACAUCUAUGUGCUAGAUAG